AACUUCAGACUGACUGCCCGGCUUGAUCUUCUUUACGAUUACAGAGCAGCUUGGCAAUUGCUGGACCUGAUGGUGUGUUGCGGACUGCGUUGCUGCAUGUUCUCAAGCCUGAUAGACUCCUGGCUGGACUUGGCUGCUGCUGGACCUUCUCUUCUUGGGUACCUUGAACUUGGGCCUAGGCUGGCAGAGGUCUCUUCUCCUGCUGUGGGAGCCCAGAGGUAGCCUGGUCUGUUCUUGUUUCCCUGAAGAGUGUGGAGAUCCCUGCAAAGUCUCCGGGCAGUGUGGAGGACACGGCUGUGAGGGUGAGCAUGUGCUGCGGCAUCAGAGGGGCCUACUGCCAGGGAACCGGGAGUGCUGUGUGCUCUGCCUCACCAACUGCCUCAUCCACAGAGAACAGCUGGGCUUCUCUGGGGCUUUUGCAUGGAUUUCUUUGCCUGGAGCAAAACAUUUGGCUGCUGACUUAUGAACUAACUCCUUAGACCUGUUUGAGGCACUACAGUGAAGAGGUGCUGGUAAAGGCCUACAGUCUGAGGAGCAAAUUAUGUGUGUUUUCCAAGUGCCAUGAAGUGCUGCCACAGAAGUACCACUGCAAGACAAAGUGUGUGGGGCUGGUGUGCCCUUUCUCUGCUAUAUGUGUGAUUGGACUCGGAAAUGGCUUUUAAUCGCAAUGUUUCAUAUCGAGCUUGUGGGGGGAGUCUUGCUGAGGCUGACACAACUCCCAAUUUGACUGAGUUAACUGGCUAAUUGGAGAGACAUGGGAAGAUGUACAUCGAAAGAGAGUAAGAGGCUUCUGAAACAGGAGGUAGAGAAAGAGAACUGCAUUCAAAAUCCAUUAACAGGAGCUUCAGACAGCCUCAAGCAGUCAUCUGUAAUGCAGCUAAACCAAGGAUCCGGGCUGGAGCUGGAGGAGAGUGGGAAAAGCAGCAGCAAGAAGCUGGACGCCAUGACCCUGAUCAAGGAAGACAUGAGCAUCUUCGGCCACUGCCCAGCGCACGACGAGUUCUACCUGGUGGUGUGUAACCACUGCAGCCAGGUGGUGAAGCCCCAGGCGUUCCAGAAGCACUGCGAACGCCGCCAUGGGCCCCUCUCCAAGCUCUACACCCGCAGCCCCAAGUGCCACGUCACCGUGAACGGGAGCCCCGGCACAGCCAAGGCGCUGCGGGACAAGCAUCCCGGAGCCCGCAGGAGACCCCAGCCCCUUCCAGAACACCCGGACAAGGACAACAACCUGUGCCUCUUCGUGCCUGUGGUUAACCUGGAGAAGAUCCCCAGCAUCCCCAAACCAGACGGGCACGGGAUCAAGGUGCCCCCCAAGGCCGUUCCCAACGGUUCCAAGGAAUCCAUAGGGAAACCCAGCGGUGCCGUGGUGCCAAAGGAGCCCCCGGUGCCGGUCGGGCUCGGGGGGGACUCGUCGGUGCCCGAUGAUGGCCCCGGGGGCAAACCGGAGAAUGGGCCCUCACCAGGGGAGAAGCCACCAAAUCACCCCCCCGGUGCCACCAGGACACCCCCCAGGUCCCAUAAGAAGCUGGCACGCAAGGAGUGCGACCUGAACCGGCAGUGUGGGGUGCUGAACCCCGACACCAACAAGCUGUGCACCCGCCUGCUCACCUGCAAGAUCCACUCUGUUCACCAGCGCCGGGAGGUGCAGGGCCGGGACAAGGACUUUGAUGUGCUGGUGGCUGAGCUAAAGGCCAGCUCCCGACGAGGUGACCCCCCCCCCAAGGACAGGAGCCCCCCCGGCAAGGAGCCGCCCCCCCCCACGCCGCAGGACCCCCCCUCACUGCCGCAGCCCCUCACCGGACCCCCCGGUGCCGUUCCCUGCCGAGCCAAGCUGCCCCAUUGCCCACUGCCCCGGACCCGGCUUCCCUCUGACAGUGACCCCGAGGAUGUGCCCCCCCCCGGGGAUGGGGGUAUUGGGGUGUUCCCCCUCCCUGUACCCAAGGGGGGGCCCCGGGUGUCCAGUGAGGACAGUGAAGAAGAAGGGGGUGAGGAGCCCCCCCGGCCCCCCCUGCGCCCACCACGGCCACAGGCGUUCUGCACCUUCGGGAGCCGCUUGGUCAGCCCAGGCUGUUACGUGUUCAACCGGCGGCUGGACCGGUUCUGCGCGGCGCUGGGCUCCAUGCUGGAGCGGCACCUCAGCUCCCACAUGUGGAGGAAGAUCCCCCCUGCCGCCGACCCCCCCCUGCAGCCCCCCCCGGCCCCCCCCAGCCCUUCCCCUGCAGCCUCCCCCCCCCCCGUGCCCGUGUCCGCCCCCCCUCCUCGCGUGCCUCCGAUGCUGCUGUCUCCGGCGGGGUCCCCUCACGCCGCCGCCGCCUGCAGCCAGCCCGAGGGGGGGGGGGGCUGCAGCCGCUCCAUCACCUCCCCCCUCCCCGCGAACACCCCCUCCCCCUCCUUCAGCCAGCUGCCUGCGGGCAGGGCCGGGGUCGCUUCCCGAGCUCGGGAAUGUCGGGAUACGGAGCCCCGCAAGUGGAGACCCCCCCCGGGCACCGGGGGCCCCCCCUACAAACGGACCUGCGGGGGGGACGGGCUCAAAGGCAAAGCCCAAAGCUCGGCCCCCCCCGGCAAGACGAAAAGCGCCCCCCCCAUCCCCGUCCUCAAUGGCACAGCCCGGGCCAAGCGGCCGGACCCGGCCCGGAGCCCCCCCCCCCGUGCACGGAGCGGGCCCCCCCCCCCCCCCCCCCGGUGCAUCCCCGAGGAGGAGGUGAGGAAGAGGAAGAACACGGCCACGUAUUGCAGGGGGGUCAAAGCCAGGCCCGGACCCCCCCACACACCCCCCCCCUCCGGCCCGGGGGGGGCCGUCCGCAGGAAGAAGAUGGGGACCCCCCCGGGCUUCGAGGAGAAGCGGAGCGGCCUGAAGUCCAAAGCCCAUUAA